UAUGAUCCUUUUCGUGGCUUCAAACGUCGAACGCGUGCAUGUUGUCGAUGAAGACCGCAGCCUCAAUACCGAGAACGAGCCUUAUAAUUGUGAUAUCCAAAAUACUCGAAGAUCAGCAAGAAUGAAACUCGUACUUUCUCGAACCGAGCCUAGGGAUCUCGACGCCGUCGUGCCAAUGCUGUUUGAAGCAUUCGACGACGGCGACCUCUGUAACGUCUUUUUCGGACGCAAAUCGGCGGCAUCUUACGCAUACACCAAGAAACUUUUCAUGACUGGACUGCAGACGGACCCGGCGGACGUGUUUCUCAAGAUUGAGGAUCUCGACGAAGAGGUUGAUGUGAAUUUGCUGGACGACAAAGGUGGUGUUUCCGGCACGGAGCGAAGGAAAAGGAUCGUUUGCGCCAGUAAUUGGAAGAUCUUCCCUACCUAUGUCACGCCAAAAGAGCAGCAGGAAGCAGGAGAGUCUCAGAGGGACGGAGAGGCGGAAGAGAAACAGAAAGACAAAGAGAACAAGGCGGCGUUUUCAUACCUCGAAACAGAGCAAGAGCGAGCCGAUGCCGCGGUGUUGAUGGAAGAUUUCCUGUCGAGGAGAAGACGCGAAUGCACGGAAGGGCACGUCUUGUGUUUCAUACUCUGCACAGACAAGGAAUAUCAAAGGAAAGGGUGCGGGCGGAUGAUGAUGCAGUGGGGCAAUGAUGUCGCUGAUGCUUUGAUGUUGCCAUGCUGGAUCGAAGCGAGUUUAGAGGGAGAAUGGUUGUAUCGGAAGAUGGGAUACGAAGGAAGGGAAAGAGUGGGGAUCCGGACAAAGAGCUUUCUGAGCGAAUAUCUGCAUAUGCGAAGACCGACUACGACUGAGAGGGUCAGACUCGAGAACGGGAGGAUGAUUCGAGAGAGGCCUGCGAACAGAGAUACUGAUGAGAAAUGAAUUGUAUGGAGACCUGGUUGAUAUAGUAGGUUGUGGGUAGACUCGAGAUGUUCAUGCCGAUAUUGAUGUUGAUGUCGAUAUGGGAUGUUGGAUGUUGGAUGUUGGAUGUUGGAUGUUGGAUGUUGGAUGUUGGAUGUUG